AUUUCGUCAUGUUCUUGCAUUGUUUACGUUAUAUAUAUACGGAGUAGCGCGCGGCAGUAUAUAAGCAUUAGCUGGUGGGAUCGAUCGCUGCAGAGUUGUUGAUUGCAGGGAAACCGCCAAUUGGCAAGGAUGAUGAAGCUUGCGAUCGCCUUCGUCGUGCUGCUCUCUUCUUUCCUCGCCGACUCGUCCACCGCGGAGGAGUUCGAUUUCUUCUACCUUGUCCAACAGUGGCCGGGCUCGUUCUGCGACACGCGGCAGGGUUGCUGCUUCCCGGACGGCGCGGGCAAGCCGGCGGCGGCGUUCGGCAUCCACGGGCUGUGGCCCAACUACGCCAAGUGCCGCGGCCGCCACCACCGCGAGGGCGGCGGCCUCGCCCGCGCGGUGCUCGGCGCCGGCGACGCCUUCCUCGCCGCCGUGGGGCGGCGGGGCAAGUGCUGGCCGGAGUACUGCGGCGGCGGCGGCGGCGGCCACCAGCUGAGCCCCUGGGACAUCCGGGACCUGGUGGCGUCGCUGGGCCGGAGCUGGCCGACGCUGUCGUGCAAGAACCGGCGCAGCUUCGAGUUCUGGAGCUACGAGUGGAAGAAGCACGGCACCUGCUCCAACCUGGACCCGCACGACUACUUCGCGCGCGCGCUGCAGCUCAGGGCGCGGCACGACCUCGCGGCGGUCCUCGCGGACGCCGGGAUCGUGCCGUCCGACACCGACACGUACCCGGUGGACCGCGUCAGGGACGCCAUCGCGCAGGGGACCGGCUUCGCGGCCAACCUCGAGUGCAACCGCGACGCGGACGGCGAGGCGCAGCUGUUCCAGGUGUACCAGUGCGUGGACCGCGAGGCCAAGGACCUCAUCGACUGCCCGCUCCCCAUGCCCACCAAGUGCACCGAUCGGGUCAAGUUGCCCGUCUUCUGAUUCCGAGCUUCUGGCUGUCGUUUGCAAUUGUAAAAACGGGCCGGGUGCAGAUCGAUCGAUACGACGAUACAUGCAUGUUUGCGUAUGUGAUUUCGAAAGCGGAUUUGAAUAAAUGUGUGUUUACCUUU